GGUGGCCUUGUGCGUGCACUUUUGCUGUGUGUCAUGAAGCUGUUGACUGUAAUUGUGUGGCUUGCUACAAUUGUCAGCCACGUGAAUGCUGACACCUACCUUCACAACCCAAGAGGUAGCAAUAACCGUCUGGAUGAAGCAAAUCGAGAUCGGAACAAUGGAAAUCGAAUGUUUGACUCUCAGAAUAACAACAGAGGUGGCUACAAUGUGGGGAGUCUGUACUACUAUGAGGGCUCCAUUCUGAGUAUCGAGUGGACAAAUCAACACUCGUGUAACAACCCCAACAAUCAUUGUAAUUUCGUCAUGCAGUACAUGUGUGGAGACCUCGUCAGAGACGGAACUACAACGACGACUAUUCCAGACAAUCCAGUCAACUGUCGGGACUACAACUGCAACACAGACUUGAAGUAUGGAAUGCACGAGAGCUACAAUUACUACCUGAAUUGCAAAGGUCGUGUGAGAAAUAAGGGAUUGUUUACUGCCGACCAAAAUUUGAAGGGAAACUCGGCUCGAUUUACAAGGCAGAAUCCAGGUGGGACACGACGUGGCUAUGAGUGUCCAGAGGAGAGAGAUUACUACCCAUAUUGGCAUCCAACUCCCUGGAAGGAUAUUGCUGUUUUGACGAACGAUCCGACACAAUGCCCUUAUUUUGAAGAAGAGAGUGAGAAUGUAAAGGAACGUUAUAGCUGUUAUGUUCCUUCUGGCCUUUAUAGCGAAUACGCACGGAUGAGGAGACAAGCGUAUAUUCCCAACAACAAAGAAGAAUGUGAAGAAAUCCAAUGGCCAGAGCAAAAAGACAUUCCUAAGGAUGCUAAUGUCACUGUUGAGUACGGCCAGUGGAUUAGAUCUGAACCACAUAAUUUGCCCAAACCAAUAUGUCGUCAGGCACAAUACACAAGAGAUAAUCAUCUUGGUAACACUUACGGCGGCUUUCCGCUGAUGUUCAAUUGGACUAUCCCAGAUAUCAAUCACGAACAUUGUGUCUUUCGAAUAAGAUACAACAUCUCAACUGGUGAUUUUGAAGGAUGGGGCCCGUCUGCUGUAAAUGCAUCAAAUAACAAACAACCUGGCAAGAACUACGCAAAUGUUGACGUUGCAACAAAGUAUGGAUUGCAGCCAAACAACCAAGAUGGGCGUGGUUAUGUUUUCAAGCAAAAUCCGACGGUUGAGAUUUUUGAUGAAUUUGCAACAACUGGGAAUAACCAGGAUAAAGACUUUCAACUUCGUUUAGCUAUCAAUACUAAUCAAUUUGGUCGAACAUUCCAAGAUCGUUCUCACACGUUUGCCAUUCGCCAACGGCCGGCUGAUCUUGACUGCUCACAGAUUCAUAACCUAAACGUACGAGGAAAGAGAGGAAACAUUGUUCAAGUCUAUCCUGGUGUUGAAUAUGACAUGGUUCCUAACCGACUGUAUGUAGCUCAAGAUGAGUGCAUUCAUUUUCAAUGGACGGGGUCGAAUACUAAUCCUAAUAACAAUGAUGGCCAAGGCAGAGCUGGAACGGAUAGGAGUAACAUUGUCAUGCUAGAAGCACAGCGUUAUUCAGAAGGUAACGGUCGUGCAGUGGCGAGUGGAAAUAAGUUGGGCCACUGGGGCAACAGUUAUCCGGCACAUUUGAACGAUUCAGAGACAAGAUUUAUGGGACUGAGUCGUGAAGAUCUUGACAGACUGUCUGGGCUCACACACAGUCAAUUUCGUGGCGAGUUGUCUGAGCUGGAUGACUCUGGUACUUACUUUGAUUUGGGCCCGAAGAAGGUGACCAGUGUGGGAGAGUAUCACUAUCUCUGUACUCGCAACAACAAUUUCAGCAAUCGCAGUCAGAAAGGAAAGAUCUACGUGGAACGUCAAGCCCGAGGCUGGAACCAAAUUGACUGGAAUGGUGGCAGUAUCGAGAUUGGGGAUUCUUCAGUGUGGUUUGAUCGCGGGGCACGUGAUACGCCUCAAGAUGUCGGCAUGGAAGUAUGGCAGACAGAGGACUGUGAAAACCUCAUCAAUAGCCUUGGCAAGUCUCUUCCAUCGGGAUCAUCAGCCGGUAGUUGUGUUGCUCUCUAUCCACAAGAACAACUGGUUAAAGAUAGCGCCAAGUUUCAGGUGUCAAUGCCUGUGCCAGAGGGUGUUACCGAGAAGGUAAGCAUUUGGAAAACAACCACUGAUUCUGCAGCCCAGUGGACUCUCAUUGAGGCAGAAGUAAGCAAUGGACAGGCCACUUUCCAAGCAAGUGAAGGAGGAGUCUAUGUGCCACGAAAGUCCGUCAAUGUGGCCGCUAUUGUGGGAAUUGUUUGUGCCGUGUCUGUUCUCCUUAUCAUCGUCUGUGGAACAACGAUUUACUUCUGCAAGUAUCCAGAGAAGUGGCAGGCUCUCAAGAAGGGCGUCCGUCAGAAGGCCAACUAUGCCAAACGCUCAAUGCAGAGUCAAGUCUAAUUGACUUUCAGACUAGUCGUGUUCAUUAAUGUUUUGGAACCAUGAUUGUUUGUGAAGCAUGUCUUUGUAUACGUUUUUUGUUGUUAACAUGUAACUAAACUGCUAGCUAGUCACUGCAGGUCAGUGAUCGAUGAUAGUAAAAGUAAUGUACACGCAAAAUUUGCAGCCUUCGCGUUCACUGUAGAGCUCGAAGUUUAUGGAAAAGAGGUAAUUACC